UUUCUGCCUUUUUUGGCGGGGAGGCAGCACGGGCCACGUGCAGCGGGGGGAAGCGAGGGCAGGGAAGUUGAGGUGUGGGGCAGCCCCUUUUUCCUCCCCCUCUGGCGCUUCCCAGCCUACGAAAUCCCCCUGGGGCGGGGGCCUGGCUAUAAAACAGCCCUGGCACAGCUCGGGGUGGGUGGUGAGGAUGCGGCUGCUGCCGGCAGCGCUGGCCCUGCUCCUGCUCCUGAGCAGCUCGGUGCCGGCAGGCGGUCUGUCUCUGGAGAGCCUGCUGACCAACAUGAGGUGCAAGUGCAUCAAAUCCACUGCCCACGUCAUCAACCUGGGGCUGAUCCUCACCAUCGACGUUACCCCACCGGGCCUUCACUGCAGGAGGAAGGAGAUCAUCCUCACCCUGAAGAAGAACAGGCGGGUGUGCGUGACCCCCGAGGCGCCCUGGAUCCAGCUGCUCAUCCACAAGCUGACGCAGAGGAAUGACACCAAAAAAGCGUUGCCGCGGCCGCGGCGGGAAGCACCGUGCUGCUGGACCCCUCGGAGACCCCCCACCCCAUCCCUCCCACUGUCCAGAUCCAAGGAGUCCAUGGUUAUGAAUUCCUCAUGGGACAGCGAUGACACAACCCCCCUGCCCUGAGAUACACUGGGUUUAGUGGCACAAUGCUGGUGCUUCCUCUGCUCUCUGGAUUUUGGCAGGGCCAGGAGCCUUUCCCUGCUUCCCCCGACAAAGGCUUUCCCCUCAGGCACCCGCUGUCUCCCUCCGUUUCAGGUGCCUGUGCUGUUCCUGCACGCGACCGCAGCCCAUCCCGGCUGCCACCAAUAAAAGAAUCAAUGUGCUUCC